CAUUCGGUAAGAGUUCAAAAAGUUUAUGAAAACUUGGACAAAAACAUUGCUACAAAGAACUUGGAAAAACUCAAGCUUAAUCACAAAUUACAAAAGAUUUUGCACAUGGAGACAAAGAAGUUGUGCAAGAUAAGUGAUUUUACAUAGAGUUUUUUUUCAUGUUUCUAUGUGUGCUUUCAAUUUGCAUAUUUUGGUGGAGAUAUUUUCUUGACUUCAUUACAUGAAACUAGGAUCGUUGAAGAAUAGAAAUCGAUAAAAAUCUACAACUAGUAGAUUGAAUAAGCUUGCAACAUACAAACCAAAUCUUUCUUUGGACACAAUAAUGAUAAUUACUCAGUGCUCUAAAAAGGCAAAGAGGAUGCCAAAGAAAGAAGUUGUUGAAACAAAGUCAACUAAUGGAGAACACGAAACGUUCCUUGUUUCAAAUAAUGGAAACAAAGAUUAUUCACAUUUCAUUUAAUAGUUAAAGACAAAUUGAAAGCUAAGCAGUGGUAAUACUAAAGAUUCCCCCAGAAAAAAAAUGAAAGUGAGUCAAACUGAGACAUUAUCUAGAGAAAAAAUAAAGGGAACAACUUAAGGCAACUAGAAAUUAUUGAUGAUAAUGCAUAAGUUGAGGAAGAUGUAGAAGAAACAAACACAAAUAUGAAAAAAAAAUAAAGGUAAUAAGUUUUUUUUGUGUAAUGAUAAUGAUUUCACAUGUUAUGUAUAUAUUGAUAACAAAUAUGUGAUAUUGUUUGAAUGAGUUUAUUAUUUAGCUUUAUACUAAAUAUAGGAACAUUAAAAAGAAAAACUCGUGGGAAAAUUUUGGACAAAAGGAUUAACGGAAGAAAUACUGAAGAACGGAAGGAGUGAUGGAAGGAGUCAUCACGUAAUUUUUAUAGUAUUUUAUCUUUUAUUUUAUUAAGUUUGCAUUGAUUUUGAUUAAGUUUUAGUAAGAAUUAGCGUGUUUUUGGAAGAAGACCAAGAAUAAGUAAGAAAUGAGAAAAUAUGACGAAAUUGUGUGAAAAGAGCAAAUGGGAGGCAAUUCUGAACAGCGACCAUUGCGCCCCAUCAUGGAACGAUGCUCAGCUCAUCGUGGCGCGACACAUCAACAUCAUGGCGCGAUGCCACGUGUGGCUUGACUCGUUUUGAAGCUUUAUAAAGAGAUUUUUGGUACACUUUUGAAGUAUCUUCUUCUGGCAACCUAAUUCUAAUUUUGGAGAAUUACUGUGGAACUCUGAGUGAAGGUUUUCACCAUCAUAAGUCGAAUUCUCACCAAUAAUGUUUCUUUCUUUUAUGAAUUAUUUAGUUAUGAGUAGCUAAUUUUCUUAGAUUAGAUUUUGUUCAGAUGAAUUAGUAUGGAUUUGUUGCGACCAUAUAUUAGGUCUUUGUACCAUUUACGCUUUUGAUUAUAAAGUUUUCUCUUUAGUAAUAUUUGUGUUUAAUGCUUUAUAUGUGCUUACGAAUGUCCAUGUAUCGAUUCAGAUUCAUGCUGAGUACUAAUCUUAAUUGUGUGAAUCAGAUCUAAGUUAACCGUUCAACCUAAUAUUUGAGCUAGAGAUUGGAAAUUGUAAGGUUAUGACUUAGGGUUUAACAAACGAACAUCGCCUAUUUUAAUUAUCGAAUUUGCCUAAGAGAUUAGGGGAUAAUAGUUUAGAAUAGUGAGGUAUACACCAAGAGAUUGGGUACACUGGCUUAGUUAAACUGUGCGGUAACUGAAUUAAUCAUCAUAAGGGCUGAUAGACGCUAGCAUCAUCAGAGACAUACAAGGGAUUCAAGACGAAACAUAAUCGUCUUUGACACCCUAAUUACCUUUUCAUUUUCCUUUUUCGUGUUCAAACUCAAAAACCCCCAUUGUUACUUUUACUUUGCACAAUCGUAUAUCUUCUUGGAGACGAUUUUUUUAGUAUUACUUCGUAUAAAAAAUAAUUGAAAAUAAAAAAGAAAUGUUUAAUUGUAGUAUAAAAGUAUAAUUUAAUCUCAAAAAGAAAAAUACUUAAAAAAACUCAAUUCUAUAGAACCAAACAUAUAAAUUCAAGUUCAGUUGCUGCGCAAUACCAUAACGUAGUGUCCAAGCAAUGGCAUCUUCUUCUCAGCGCCUCAAAACCGUUGAGUUUCUCAUCAAUUCUUCUCAACACCUCAAUGUUUCCCCCAUUGUUAAAUACUCUGCAUUCUCCUUCUUCGCCGAUCGCUUCAUUCCCUCAUUACCAGCAUUCAUUGAACGCGCGAAUUCGUUGACCUGGCUGUUGAAACCUGUCACUGAAAGCACCUUGCAGCUGUUUGUGCUUAUUUCUCUAUGGAUUUCAAGCAAAAUACAUGAUUCUCGACCGCUCUCUGUUGUAAGUUUGAAGUCUUUGGCGGACAAAUCAAUCAAGGAACAACACUUCACAAAUCGGAAUUUCAUAGAAGCGGAGGUGCUCUUCAUGCAGGUGUUGAGUUUUGAGAUUGGCACAGCAAAUAUUGCUUUUUCGUUCCUUCAAGAGCUUUGGAUUCAAAUCAAGGGAGUAGCAAAAGUUGGUGAGUUGAUUAGCUUUGAAGCUUGCAUGGAAAUUAUGGAUCUUCUCUAUGAAAAGGAAGAGACAUCAUUUCUGUAUAGGUCUCCUCACUCCCUUGCUGCGUCAAUCUUGGUUGUAUCAUACUUAAUGACAGUCCCUAAACAGAAAUGGGAGUUCCCAAUUAUUGCAUGGGUAAAUUUCGCAACCUCUUGUAAGGAAGAAGAUGUCAUAAAAAUGGUGACGGAGAUUCUCAAGCAUGUGAUGGAACCUUCUUGAGAUAUCGGGAAUAGGAUGAUAUCUUGAAUGAGCUGAAACAUCAUACCAUAUUCUUGGUUUGGAUGUAUUUUUGGUAAGCUUCAUAUUCUUUCACUCGCAAUGGUGUUUUAGCAGGUAUACAUAGUUGAAUAAGCACUUGUUUGGUUGUGUCCAAAUUAUAUGUCUUGCAUUUCAAUGUCACUUACAUUGUGAUUAUAAGAAGCUAGAUAUUGAACACCGCCAGAACAAUCAGGCUAUAAGAAAUUAUACAGGUAGGAUCGUAAAAACAGAAACUUUGGGGUUUCACAUGUAAUCAUAAUGAAGAAAAAUGAGUUUUUCUUUUUUCAUCCUCUAAACUUUUCAGAAACUCUUUAAAAUGCCCAAAAAUGCUCUGUAUUCUAGAAUUCGAACACUUAAAAACACGUUCCAAAUUCUAGAAUCCAAACACUAUAUAACACAUGAAACUUCUCACUUUUUUCAUCAAGUUAAUAAUUUUGGAUUGUACAAUUCGAAUGAAUAAAAACCCAUAUACUCAAGAUCGGCUUUGCAUAUACAAGAUACAUGAACCAGCGGCAUAUAAAAAAUGUUCAUUCAAAAGAUCUGUUUUUAUACGGGUACUGAAAAACAUGUACCAGAAUUAAAUAAAACAGAAUUUUAGAAAUUGAGCCGAUCAUACGCUGAAACAGACCAGAUAAUUGCCAAUUGACAAAUUCAGUAUAUUAAUUUAGUACAUUUCAUUCAUCUUUUAUAAACACAUUAGAGCAUCUCUACUGAUGGAACUAAUUUUGAUUGAUUAAACUAUGUUUUAUGGAACAAAUUAUUUUAUUAUAUUUAAGCAACAUUUAAGUAAUUUUAAUCAAUUUUAUUUCAACUAUGAUUUCAAUAAACAAUAUAUAUUUGAUCCUAUUAAUUUAUAAUUUUUUUUUUUAUAUUUGAGUCACCAAUCAUGAUUAUAUUGUUUCUUAACAUAAACAACAUAUUUUUUUCAUUUCUUCUAUAAACAACUUACAAAAAAAUUUAAGGAAACAAGAAGGCUAUCUACUUCAAUCCUAAAAUAAACUUAAGCUAUAGAACUAAUAACUAAGUAUAUACUACAUUAAACAACACUUCAAGUACUUCAAACUUACACCUAAUUAACAUAUGACACAUCACCCGAACAGCUCUGAAGUCAAUAUAACACGUUUGCACAUCCAUUCACUCAGCUAGGCCACCAAGUUCACGUCCACAACCGAGGGAGCUUAUUAAAGAUGAUGCUGAGAGGUUAUUUAUGGGAAGACUCUUGAAAAGAAAAUGACACUCACUUUUUACCUAAACACUAGAUAUCACAUAUCUUGGCCACGUUAGAUUGUUGACAAUGUCUCACAUAUUAAUUAAAACAGUGAAAACUUUCUAUACACAACAAAUUGGUUAUCCAAUUACAAAGGUUGAAACUUUUUAUACACAAUUUAUUUAAAAAAUUACAUUCUAAACUGUAUAUAGGUUGACUCAAGACUCUGUUUUCUUCUUUUUGUUCAGCAGCACUGUGGACCUUGGUCUAAAUUAUUGUUCCUAAACUAAUCUGACUACUUGACCACCGUCCCUAACCUAAAAUAAUUAUCAAUUCCCAAACCAUAAAAAGGGCCACAGUGCUGUUGAUUACUAUUAUUUUAGCUUUAUUUGUUACGUCACUGAAUCAUGCUGACACCAACACAACACAACAACACAACACCGUCCUUUGAAUUGGAACACCAACCUUCAAUUUCCAAUACUAAAUAUGGAACCACUUUCUGUUAAUAGUCCCAUUUGCUUACUUGCUAGCUGUUUAUGAUUCUUCUGUCGGUGGAGUCUGCACUUUUAUCACAUUUCAGGGACCACAAUGUUUUCUUUUUCAUAUUUGUUAGGAAAUUGACUUAGACUUUGACUUUUCAUUAGGAAAAACAUUACAAAAUCAAAUGCAAUUUGUUGAGGUGGAGACCCAACACCAACAACAUUACUGAUAAUUAAGUGGAAAGAAGUAAAGAACACUAACGUGUUCAUUGCUGCUUAUAGUCUUUACUUUUCGCAUUUACCACUAUAUCAUCUUAAUAUUGAAAACCACACUUAUUUUUACACAAACUUCUUUUAUUUUUAAACAAUUAUAUUUGAUUUAAAGAAUCCCACAUCGGACAAUAUAUGGUCUGAACAUGUUCUUAUAAAUGGGGGCAAUCCUCACCCUACAAGCCGAUUUUCUAGGGUUGACUUAGGCCCAACCACACU